AUGGAGGCACAACAGAAUAAGCCUCAUCGCAAGUCCAAAGAAAAAAAGCAGCAUUCGGGUGGACCAAACCCAAAGGCAUUCGCCUUCUCCAACCCUGGAAAACUUGCGAGAACAGCAGCAAGAUCUCACGACAUAAAAGAGAAGCGCCUCCAUGUACCUCUCGUUGACCGACUCCCCGAUGAUCCCCCGCCGCGACUUGUCGCCAUUGUCGGGCCACCAGGCGUGGGCAAGACGACCUUGAUCAAGUCGCUCAUCAGACGCUAUGCCAAAGAAACGAUCUCCGAGCCCCUUGGGCCCAUCACCGUGGUCACGUCCAAGAAGCAGAGGCUGACCUUCCUUGAAUGCCCGAACGAGCUUGAAGCCAUGGUGGACGUGGCGAAGGUGGCCGACAUCGUGCUGCUGAUGAUUGAUGGAAACUAUGGCUUCGAAAUGGAGACUAUGGAGUUUUUGAAUAUCCUGGCUGCUACUGGUAUGCCGGGCAAUGUCUUCGGCAUUCUGACGCAUCUGGACCUGUUUCGAAAGCCUCAAGCCUUGAAAGACGCCAAAAAGAGGUUAAAGCACAGGUUGUGGAGCGAGCUUUACCAAGGAGCUCACCUGUUCUAUCUCUCCGGCGUCAUCAACGGGAGAUAUCCGGAUCGCGAGAUCCACAAUCUGUCUCGCUUUCUCUCGGUCAUGAAGAACCCGCGACCGUUGAUUUGGAGGAAUUCCCACCCCUACACUGUUGUCGAUAACUACCGAGAUGUCACCCAUCCGACGAAAAUUGAGGAGGAUUCAAAGUGCGAUCGAUCGAUCGAGUUAUCUGGGUACCUGAGGGGGACCAACUUUUCAGCCGAGGGUCAGCGAGUUCAUAUCCCUGGCCUUGGCGACUUCGCGGUCGCCCGUAUGGAGGCCCUACCGGACCCUUGCCCGACUCCCGCCAUGGAGCUAGCAAUUGCAAAGGUUACGGGCAAGACAGGGAGGCGGCGCCUGGAUGAAAAGGAAAAGAAGCUCUAUGCUCCAAUGUCCGACCGAAGUGGUCUCAAAAUAACGGGCGACCAUAUUGUUAUUACCAGGGAGAACGGGUUUACCUUCGACAAGGACGCGGAUGGUGUUGAGCGUGGAGAAGGCGAACAAUUAAUCAUCGACUUGCAGGGUGAAAGGCGACUACUGGGGCAGACGGAGGAAGGUGUGCAGCUCUUUGCAGGAGGUGACCAGAUCACUCGUGUUCCGGCGGACGAGGACACCGGCCGAAGGAGUCAGCGGAAAGUGCGGUUCGCCGAGGAGAACGGUUUAUCGGACGAGGAAGAUCUCCCUGAAAAUGAAGGCUUCGCCAGCGAUGACAACGACCCUGAAGUGGAGGCCGAGUUUAGCGAAGAGAAGCUCGGUAAGAUGUUCAGGAAAGGUAAAGAUAAGAACGUGGACGAAGACGAUCUGGCAUUUGCCGACAGCGAUUCCGAUCUGGGGUCGUUAUCCUCGGGCGGCGACAACGACGACGAUGAUGACGACGACGACGACGACGACGACGAAGUUGACAGUGACGUCGACGAGUUUGACUCUGACGACGAGGACACCGCGGUAAAAUGGAAAGAAAACAUGACCGAGAAGGCAAGAUUGCUUCACAGCAAGAGACGGCCAUUCCGCGCCAAUGAUCUCGCUCGUUUAAUGUAUGACGACUCGGUGCCAGCGAAAACAGCUCUCCAGAGAUGGAGGGGUGAGGAUCAAGAGAGCCAGGAAGAGAAUAUCGAAGACGAGGAGGAUGAAUUAUUUUUCAAGAAGUCCCAGUAUGAGAUUGAGGGAGAUUUGGAAGAAGAUCGGUCGAUUCCCCGCUAUGACUACGAGGAGCUCGCCGCGAAGUGGUCUCAAGAGGACAGCAUCGAAGCGCUGCGAAGUCGGUUCGCCACAUCAAAUCUACUUGACGAGGAUGGCGACGGCGGCGACGACGACGAUGGUGAUGGAGACUCACAAGAUGACGGUGAGGAUGGCGACGACGACGAAGGCGAUGGUGCUUUUGAGGAUCUCGAAACCGGCGAACAACACGUCCCGGAGAAGAGCAUCGAGGAAGAGCGUGAGAAGAAUGCGCGCCGGAAAGAGGAACUCAAGCUCCGCUUCGAGGAAGAAGACCGGGAAGGCUUCAAGAACGACAAGGCAGUGGCCAGGCGAGAAGGAGGAGAUCAGGAGGAGUUUGGCGAAGAUGACUGGUACGAUUCCCAGAAGGCAUUGAUCCAGAAGCAGCUGGACAUCAACAAGGCCGAGCUUGGAAUCCUGGACGAGCAUCAACGCACCGCUGUUGAGGGAUACAAGGCCGGGAAGUACGCCAAGAUGAUCAUAGAAGGAGUGCCAGCGGAAUUCGUCGAAAUGUUCCAAGCCAGGAUUCCCCUGAUUGUCGGUGGACUCUCUCCUACCGAGGACCGCUUUGGCUUUGUCCAAGCUCGGAUCAAGAGGCAUCGUUGGCACAAGAAGAUCCUCAAGACAAACGACCCCUUGAUAUUCUCUAUGGGCUGGAGGAGAUUUCAAUCCCUUCCCAUCUACAGCAUAUCCGACUCUCGGACGAGGAACCGCAUGCUGAAGUACACGCCGGAGCACAUGCACUGCUUCAGCACCUUCUACGGGCCCCUCAUCGCACCAAAUACUGGAUUUGUGUGCUUCCAGUCCUUCUCUGCCACCAACCCCGGUUUCCGAAUAGCUGCGACCGGCACCGUUCUCAGCGUCGACGAGUCUACCGAGAUUGUCAAGAAGCUCAAGCUCACCGGCGCGCCGUACAAGGUGUUCAAGAACACGGCCUUCAUCAAGGACAUGUUCAACACGGCACUCGAGAUAGCAAAGUUCGAGGGGGCUUCUAUCAAGACCGUCUCGGGCGUGCGGGGCCAGAUCAAGCGUGCCCUUUCCAAGCCGGACGGCCACUUCCGAGCUACCUUCGAGGACAAGAUCCUGAUGAGCGACAUUGUCUUCUUGCGAGCGUGGUACCCCAUCAGGCCGCAUCGGUUCUACAACCCGGUCACGAACCUCAUCGGCUGGCAGGGCAUGAGGUUGACCGGACAGGUGCGCCGCGACGAGGGGAUAGACACGCCAAUGCAGAAGAACAGCCAGUACAGGAAGGUCGAGCGGCAGGCCAGGCACUUCAACCCCCUGAGGGUGCCGCGGGCGCUCGCCGCCAAGUUGCCGUUCAAGUCGCAGAUCAUCCAGACAAAGAAGCAGAAGAAAGAAACGUACAUGCAGAAGCGGGCGGUCAUACUCCGCGGGGAAGAGAAGAAGGCCAGGGACCUCAUGCAGAAGCUCACGACGAUCAGGAAAGACGUCGCGGAGAAGCGGAGGAAAAAGAAGGAGGAGAAGAGGGGAGAGUACAGGAAACGUGUUGCCGAAUUCGAGGAGAAGAAGGAGUCGAGGGAGAAGAGGGAGAGUAAGGCGUACUGGCAGAGGGAAGGCAAGAAAAGGAAGCAAGGAGAGGACGGGGUUGGUGGUGGUGGAAAGCGGAGGAGAUAA